AUGGGUGUUGUGGUCCAUGGCCAGCGCUGGUCCCUGCAGCCGUGUCACUGGGCAGCAGUGCGUCGUAAGCGUGCAGCAAGCGCAGCAAUAUUUGUGCAAGGCACGGCGUUCUGCAAUGCACGGUCCUCCACAGAGCUCACUACAGGAAUGCUAGGCUGGCCAAAAAUAUCCCCAGAUGUAAAGCCGUCUCUAGACUUCCUGCUGGGGCCAGAAUCUCCAGAAUCUCCAGAAUCUCCACCCACAUGCCACAUGGACAUUUACUACAUACGCUUGCAGUUCAGGUCCUCAAAUGAGACCGGGUUGCUUUCAUACCAACCGCUGACCCGACUGCAGUUUGCGGACUCCAGACCGCCAUUUUCAAGCCGACUCAAGACGGUGCUGAUCUCGCUGACGUCGGUGGUGGUCCUGGUGAUCAGUACGGACUGGAUCAGCUGGGACAACCUGAACCGGGGCUUCCUGCCCAGCGACGAGGUCUCCAGGGCCUUCCUGGCCUCCUUCAUCCUGGUGUUCGACCUGCUCAUUGUAAUGCAGGACUGGGAGUUCCCUCACUUCAUGGGUGACCUGGAUAUGAACCUGCCAGGAAUGUCCACCACCCACGUGAAGGUCAAACUUCCCGUUUGCAAGCGGAUCUUUAAAGAGGAGUACCACAUCCACAUCACAGGCAAGUGGUUCAACUACGGGAUCAUUUUCCUGGUUCUGAUUCUGGACCUGAACAUGUGGAAGAACCAGAUCUUCUACAAGCCCUACGAGUACGGCCAGUACGUGGGUCCCGGAGAGAAGAUCUACACGGUGGAGGAGCCGGACACGCUCAGGGACUUCAACCGCAGCACCCUCACCUAUGAUUGGCGCUCCACCAACGUGAACCCCAUUACCAACCUCACGUACGUGGUGCGGGACAUGUUUCUGCACAGCCGCUACGUCGGAGCCAGCCUGGACGUCAAGUGCCUGGCCUUCAUUCCAAGUCUGGCGGCAUUCGUCCUCUUCGGGUUCUUCAUCUGGCUGCUCGGGCGCUUCCAGGACAGCGAGACCUUCCCGGAGAGCCAGGACAAGACCUACGAGAGGAUCAAGAGGAAGUCGCCGUCGGAGUACAGCAAGGAGAUGGGCGUGACGCCAGAGGAGGUGCAUCGGACCAUGAGCGAUUCCCUCAAACGAACGGGGACGCCCAUGCUGCUCUCUGUGGACGGGCCGCACUUCGGAACCGCCCCCUCCACCAACUCGGCCUCCCCGAUCUCCACGGAAACCCAAGAGACGCACCCGAGCAUUGUGAUCGACAGCGCCGAGCAGGGGGAGCCUGCGGUCUCGUUCGACGUUCACAAGCCUUCUCCUUGA